GAAGUAGUCAUUCUAUUUUUUUACUGAAAAUGGCAGACAGCGUGAGUGAAGCACCGGUUGUAAACAUUACUGGAAAUGACACAGCUGCUAAUGCUACAGCAAAAAUUCCGGCAACCCCGGAAGGAAUGGCGGUUGCAUAUGGAAGUUUACUGUUAAUGGCAGUAUUCCCGAUUUUUGUAGGAGCUUUCCGCUCAGUGAAAUAUCACAAGGAACAGAAGGAAUCUGGUGAAAAACCUGAAACAAUGACUGGUAAAGAUGCUGCAAUGUUUCCAAUUAUUGCCAGUUGUACAUUGUUUGGCAUUUAUUUAGUAUUCCAGAUAUUUUCUAAGGAUUACAUUAACUUGUUGCUGACGUUUUAUUUCUUCUUACUUGGGGUAAUGGCACUAGCACAUAUUGGAACCCCUAUUAUAUCAAAAUUCAUCCCACCUUCAUUUCCAAAUAUGGAUUACCACCUGAUAUUUACACAAGGCAAAGAAGAGAAGAAAGAAGAGCUGUUAAAUUACAUGUUUGACAGAAAAGAUUUAGUUAGUUUAGUUAUUUGUGGACUAAUUGGCAUUUGGUAUCUUGUCAAAAAGCAUUGGAUUGCCAACAACCUGUUUGGAUUGGCAUUUGCUAUAAAUGGUGUAGAGCUCCUGUCACUGAACAAAGUGAGCACAGGAUGCAUACUGUUAGGGGGACUCUUUGUCUAUGAUAUAUUCUGGGUGUUUGGCACUAAUGUCAUGGUGACAGUUGCUAAGUCCUUUGAAGCACCAAUCAAAUUGGUAUUCCCACAAGACUUGUUACAGAAAGGCUUAGAAGCCAAUAAUUUUGCCAUGUUAGGACUGGGAGAUAUAGUUAUCCCAGGGAUAUUUAUAGCUUUACUAUUGAGAUUUGAUAUUAGUCAGAAGAAAGAGUCAAGGACAUAUUUUUAUGCCAGUUUUGCUGCAUACUUCUUGGGACUAGUAAUGACCAUAUUUGUAAUGCAUUUCUUCAAACACGCACAGCCUGCCUUGUUAUAUUUAGUACCAGCUUGUCUAGGAAUCCCACUGGCUCUUGCUUUGCUGAAGGGAGAGAUUAAGGCCAUGUUCAAUUAUGAGGAUCACUCAGAAGAAAAGAAAGAAGAUGAAAAUAAAGACAAAGAGAAAGAAGAAAAAAAGAAGGAGAAAUAGAAAUAGAACUUUAAUUAGAUCUGUGAAGCAUUUUACAUGUACAUGACGUUUUUGUUAGGGGGUGUUGUAAUACAUUUGAUAAGUUUUUUUGGCAAUUUUAUUUUUAUUUCCUGUUUUUAUCAUUAAAGACUGGAAUAUCAAUAACUAUUAAUCAGUUUUCAUCUGUCUCCACAAAGUACUGUACUCUUGAUUUGGAUAUAGCUCUGUGCAAACAGAAAGGCUGUUCCACCAAAAUAUGUGUAGGUAAAGCCAUAAUAAAAAGAAUUGUAUAUUUCCA